UAAACUGAAAACUUAAGAUAAGAAAAAGAUAUUUUUUAAUAUUAAUCUCCAACAAAUUAUAGAUAACGAAAACUGAUUUUUUCUUAAAUAUAUAAAUCAGAAAAUAUUAAGCAAAAUCAAUUUAUUAUCAAAGGGAAAGAACUAAUGAAGCAAGGAGAAUUUAAUUAAGCUUUAUUACAAUUUUAAGAAGCUUUAAUAAAUGAUCCUUAAUUAUAAGAAGCUUAGUAUUUAUAAGCUAUAUGUUAUCUCUAGCUUGAAAAGUUUUAAAAAUCUAUAGAUUUGUUUAGUGAUUUAAUUGAAAAGCAGCAAGAUUAUAGAAGAAAUAUUUAUUUAUUAGUGGCUAUUUGUUAUAAAAAAAUAAAUUAAUUAAAUGCUGCCAUAUAAAUUCUAAAUAAAGGAAUACAGUAUUAUCCAAAAUAUUAUGAUGCAUAUGUUUAUCAUGGAAAGCUUUAAGUAAAAACAAAAAGAUAUGAAAAAGCAAUAAUAGAUUUUGAAAUGGCAAUAUAACUAAAGCCUUUUUGUGGCUUAGGAUAUAUAGGAAAGGCUGAUUGUCUAAGACAUUUGAAAAAAUUUAAUGAAGCAAUAGAAAUAUAUUCAUUUACUAUAAAAUUAGAUUAAAAUAUUUGCAAAAUUGCUUUACAAAAGCGAGCUGUUUGUUAUAUUGAAUUUAAACAUUUUGAUUAAGCUAGAAAUGAUCUAAAUUCUCUUUUAUAAAGCGAUCCUACUAAUUCAGAAGCUUUUUAUUUUAAAGGAAUAUUAUUAAUAAAAGAAAACAAAUUAAACGAAGCUUUGCUUUCCUUUGAAUAAGCAAUAAAAUAUAAUAAUUCAAGCAAAGCAAUUGUAAAAUCACUUCAAGAAAUAGCAAAAAUCAAAAUUUAAUUUAGAGAUUAUUAUUAAGCUUAUUAUACCCUUUAAAGAGCCAAUUAUUUAGAUAUUGAUAAUAAAAAGUUAAAAAUAUUGACAAUUUUUACAGAUGGAGUGACAUUUUUAAUGAAAAGAAAAUAUAAAGAAGGAAUUCACUGUUUAACAGAAUUAAUAAAUAAAAAUACAUUAAAUGAAUUUUUGCAUCCAUUAGUAUAUACACACAGGGCAUAUGGUUAUUUUUGUUCAAUAUAUAAUAAAUAUAUUUGCUAAAGUAUUAUUUCGUGUGCAUAAAACUAAUUCGAAAAAGCAAUAAAACUUCUUAAUUCCGCUAAUAAAAUAUCACCAAAAAAAAUGGAGCCUUUUUUUUAUAAAGGAAUGGUUUUUGUAAAAUUUGGCAAUAAACUAAUAAAUAAAAACAGUCAUUAAAAAAAAUUGUAAUAUGUUUAAAAUGCAAUAAAAAAUUUUGAUAAAGCAAUUAUUUUAAAUGACUAAAAUGCUAAUAUUUAUUAUUAUAGAGCUAUCUUAAAUUUUUUUUUAAUUGAAAAUAACAUUGUAAAUGACAAAAUAAAUAUAUAUAAACAAAUAAACGAUGAUUUAGAUAAAGCAAUAGAAAAAUCACAAGAAAAUAUUUCUAAUCAUUUUUAUGUAAGAGGUUUAUUAAAUGCAUAUUGCAACUAAGUGAAUUCAGCUAUAAGUGACCUUUCUAUAGCGAUUACUUUAGAUGAUACUUUAUCUAAUGCUUAUUUAAAUAGGUCUAAAUGCUUCCUAUUAACAGGUGAUAAGAGUUCAGCAUUUGAGGAUUUAUAAAGAUAUGUUGACAUAAAAAGAAAAACUAUUAAAAAGGAAGAUGACUCUUCUGAUAUACAUUUAUGGUCCGGAAACUUACUUUUUAAUAUAGGAGCUUUUGAAGAUGCUAUAAAAGCUUAUUCAAAUAUAAAUGGAAUAAAUAAAAAUGAAGAAUAUUUAUUGCUUAGAAUAAAAUGUUAUUUUGCAAUGAAAGAUUUAACAAGUACUAUUGAAGAUAUUGAUAGUUUACUUUAAUUGAAUAGUAAUAAUAAGGAAAUUUCAAUUGAUAAAAUAUGUUUGGAAAGCUUAAAAUCAUUUAUUUGUUAAAAAAACUAUUAGGGUUAAAAAGAGGGAAUUUAAUAAAUUAAAAGUAUAACUAAACAAAAAAGUGGUUUUUUUUUUAAAUGGUCUGAUAUAGUAUUUUACAAAGCUGUGUUUUAUUUCUAAACUGGAAAUUUCAUUAAAGCUAUCAAAAACUUUCAAAAAUCAAUAUAAAUUAAAGGAGUUGAAUGUAAUAAUAAUAAUAAACUUUAUGAAUUUGAUUUUGAUAAUUAAACUUAUAAUAUUUACGAGUUUUAUUAUAGUUGUGCAGCUUGCUUUAUUAUGAUGAAAUAAUAUAAAUAAGCUAUUAAAUAACUGUAACAAUUGAAAGAAAUAAUACCUAAUGAAGGAAUAAUUAAAUAAUUAGAUUUAAUUAUCUAAAUUUUAUAUGAUGAAAUGUAAAAUAGUAUAUUAAAAAUUUUUCCUUAUAAAAAUAGAUUUUGUUCAACUUUUAAAUCUUAAUAAGCACAAUUUUAAAUAUAUAAAUAUUUUGUAAAAUAACUAAAAUUUUAUAUAUAUAUAUAAUUUUAAAACAUAUAAAAGAAAAUAAAACUUUAUUUUUGUUUACCUUAUGUUGAAUAUCCUUCAAUAAAACCUUAGUUUGAUAAUUCUUUGAUUGAAAACUUUAAAGUAUAUUAUUAUAAACAUUAUCUUUUAAAUUAAUUUUUAAAGCCUGAAUUAGUAGAAAACAAACCUGAGGCACCUUGGAUAAGAAAAUGUUAAGAUGGAUUUAUUCUUACAGAAAAUAUAUAAUAUUUUGAUAACUUAGAUUUAUAAACCGAAACUAAAAUUGAUAUUAGUAUUUAAAUAAGAAUAAAAAAAAUUAUUUUAAUUAAUUUUUUAGAUUAAGUAUAAAAAUUGGAAACUAAUAUUAUCAGCAAUUCAUAAAUAUUAGAUUUAAAUAACGAUGAUAUAAAUAGUUAAAGUUAAUGUAAUUUUUUUAAUUAUUUUUUUAUAAAUAAUUAUAUAUGUAUUGAAUAGAAUAAAGUUAAAUAUUUUAGUCUAUAAAUAAAUAAAAUCUAAAAGAGAUGUUUAAAUUAAACGAAAACGUAGAAAAAAACUAAACUAAAUAAUCUCAAAAAAUUAAUGAAAUCGAAAUUUGUAAAUAUAUAAAAUAAUCCUUUUAUAUGA